AUGGAUAGCCAGGACCCCGAGAAGCACUACCGCGGGACCAGCGUCGGCCGGACCCUGAUAGCGACGCUAGAUGAGCUUCCCGCCAUCCCGCCCCAGCUGGCAGAGAAGAUCAGGCUACAUUUCGACCGCGAGCUGCUCCUCGCUUUGAGAAGCGCGCGGGUGAUGCGCAAACGGAUGAACUUCAGGGCUCGCUGUCACACAUACCGCUUCUACGACGACCGGUGGCUCUUCGUUCUCCAAGACGUCAAGAUCAAAACGGACCGCGGGAAGAGCAUCAGGUCGGACCGGAUCUCCGUCAACGCCAUCUCUACUGGUCUCGAGGAGGGACGGCGCGGGAAAGCAGACGUCAAGUCAAAGGCAGCGGCGAGAUCGAAGGCAAAGAGUACAUGGAGCUGA